AUGGAGUGUUGUUCUAGAAAAGCAGGUCAGUUUCCAAAGUUCACCAACAUGUUGGCUGAUCCUUCAGAGAAGUACGUUCGUCAAAAGAAGAUCCAGUUUCCUCAGAGAACCUGGCCAGAUAAGGAAAUCAAUGCCCCACCACGUUGGUUGUCGACCGAUUUGCGUGAUGGGAACCAAUCUUUGCCUGACCCAAUGUCGGUCGAAGAAAAGAAGCUUUAUUUCCAGAAAUUGGUAGAAAUUGGUUUCAAAGAAAUCGAAGUGGCCUUUCCAAGUGCUUCACAAACAGAUUUUGAUUUCACCAGAUACGCGGUGGAAAAUUGUCCUGAAGACGUCACCAUCCAGGUGUUGACCCAAUCGAGAGAACACUUGAUUCGCAGAACCGUGGAAUCUCUUAAAGGAGCCAAACGUGCGUGUAUCCAUGUGUAUUUGGCAACCUCGGAUCUUUUCAGAGAGGUGGUGUUCAACAUGACCCGUGAACAAGCGGUGGCCAAAGCAGUCGAAGUCACUGAAUUGGUGCGUUCUUUAACCAAAGAUGACCCAUCGACCGAAGGGACUCAUUGGCAAUACGAAUUUUCUCCAGAAACUUUCAGUGAUACCGAUCCAGCAUUUGCCGUGGAGAUUUGUGAGGCAGUAAAAGCGGCAUGGGAACCAAGUGUCGAAAACCCAAUUAUUUUCAACUUACCGGCUACUGUGGAAAUGAACUUGCCUAAUGUGUACGCUGACCAGAUCGAAUACUUCUGUACCCAUAUUUCUGAACGUGAAAAGUGUUGUAUUUCUUUACACUGUCAUAAUGAUCGUGGAUGUGGGGUCGCGGCCACCGAAUUAGGAGUGUUAGCCGGGGGUGACAGAGUCGAAGGUUGUAUAUUUGGUAAUGGGGAAAGAACCGGGAAUGUUGAUAUCGUCACUUUGGCUUUGAACUUGUACACCCACGGGAUCAAUCCAAAGCUCGACUUUUCUGAUUUGGAAGAGAUCAUCAAGAUUGUUGAACGUUGUAACAAGAUCCCAGUCAAUGAAAGAGCCCCAUACGGUGGGUCUCUUGUGGUGUGUGCUUUCAGUGGAUCGCAUCAAGACGCUAUUAAGAAAGGGUUUGUCUCGCAAGAUAAGCGGAGAAUCGGCGGGGACAAGACUUGGAAAAUGCCAUACUUGCCAUUGGAUCCAAAGGAUAUUGGUCGUGAUUACGAAGCGGUUAUCCGUGUCAACUCCCAAUCUGGUAAAGGUGGUGCUGCCUGGAUCAUUCUUAAGGCCUUGGAUUUGGACUUGCCAAGACCUUUGCAAGUUGCGUUCUCUAACGUUGUUCAACAGAGUGCUGAUACUCUUGGAAGAGAAUUGAAGGCACAAGAAAUUAUCAAUUUGUUCCAAAAGGAAUACUAUUUGAAUCCAAACAACAAGGUUGCUCUUGUGGACUUCUCGAUUGGUAAUUCAGGAUUGUCGAACCCUGACAAAAACAGAAAACUUAUGGCGGACUUGGUUAUCAAUUCCGAAGGGGAAACUGUUUCUGGGGUUGGUAACGGUCCAAUUUCUGCAUUCACCGAUGCUUUGUUGAAGAGAUUCAAGAUCGAUUCUUUGGCUGUCGAAAACUAUAACGAACAUACUUUGGGUAAGGAUAAGAGUAAUUCCGAAGCCGCUGCCUACAUUCAAUUAAGUUUUGUCAGUAGAAAGACUGGUGAAUUGACCAAGAGAUUUGGUGUUGGUAUUCACAAGGAUGUUUCGCAGGCUUCUAUUUUGUCUUUGCUUUCUAUCAUGAACUGGAUGUUUGAGAAUGGUGAAAUUACUGUUUGA